UGAUAAUAAAUGAAAAUGUAAAACUCCUUUUCAGCCUUCCACAAUGAUGAAAAUUAUCGCCCUUGUUGCCUGUUUGGCUGUGGCUGCCUUUGCUGAGCCUUUGAGCUAUGGCAUGACAGGACUCAACGGAAAAGCUGGUCUGUACGGUGGCUACGGAGUGGGAGGUCUGUACGGAGGUUAUGGAGUGGGAGGUCUAUACGGAGGCUACGGAAUUGGAGGUCUCUACGGAGGCUACGGAAUUGGAGGUCUAUACGGAGGCCACGGAAUGGGAGGUCUGUACGGAGGCCACGGAAUGGGAGGUCUCUACGGAGGCCACGGAAUGGGAGGACUGUACGGAGGAAUUGGAGGUUUCGGAAAAGGUCUUGGAUAUGGCUACUACUAGGACUGCUGUUCCACUGUCACAAUUCAUCUAUAUCAUCAAUAUGCACAUUAUUUAUUGUAUGUGGUUUGAAAUAUGUCACAUUAAAACACAAUCAUCAAAACAAAGUCUUGAUUUUCGUAUUCAUAGUACAGUUGGGCUUUUGUUGCACAAGAAGAAAGUUUGCCAUUGAUUGAAUCACAUGGGCACAAUGUCAUACCAGGAAUUAAUACGAAAGCCAAACAUGUUUGUUACCAAGAUGGGAAGAGAGACGAGCAUGGGGUAGUAUUUUCCUAGAAGCUACCUUUAGUAAGUAGAUUACAGAAGUCGCUUAAUACCGAUUGGUAGUUUUAGAACUGCUGUAAUGGCAUUUGUUUAAUGACACCUCUCCGGA